UUUCUUUCCCAUCUUCAAAUUCUUUCUUCUGUGUGUGUUUAAUAAUAUCACACAUCUUUUCUUUUCGGAUCGCUCGUUUUUCCCCUUCAUCCUCUUCUUCAGUCUCUCUUCAUUUUGUUGGAGGGCUUAUUGAAGGCAAUUUGCAUUCGGGGCACUUACUCGUUCCAUGCCAAAAGAGAAACCGUUCUGGGGUUGGUAAUUGCUAAGAGUCCGUUCGUGUCCAAUUGGUUAGUGAAAUAACUGUUGGAUUUAUGAAAGAGGCACAUCAGGAGGUUCAGAAUUUCGACACAAUACAGUUAUAUAAUCAUGGCUACAGGAACAGCUAGAUAUUUGAGAUAUAUUCUCUUUGCAUUCUUUGUAAGUAUUUUGACCAUUAAUUUCGAUGACAGCAAUUACCUAGAUCCACCUAUUGACAUUUCUCUUUAUAGGGUCUCGCCAUCGUGUACUUUAUAUCAUCUUCAUCAGACCAAAGGUUACAAACUGCGCAGCAAGUCUUCACAGACAAGACUGGCAUCCCUAUCAAAGCAGGCACUUCAACAUCGGGUCAUUCUGCUGAUGAUUCGAAGACUUCCGAUGCUAAAACUUCCCCAAACACUCAUGAUCUUCCACCUGCGACCGUCCCUGGAGAACGCAUGAAUGCGACAUUUGUUACUUUGGCACGAAACGCGGAUAUUUGGGAAAUCGCACGAUCCAUUCGUCAAGUAGAGGAUAGAUUCAACAAAAAGUUCAAUUACGACUGGGUUUUCCUAAAUGACAAGCCAUUCGAUUCUACAUUCAAGAAGGUUACCACAUCCCUUGUUUCCGGAAAGACACACUAUGGAGAGAUUCCAGAGAAACAUUGGUCAUUCCCCGAUCACAUUGAUACCGAAAAGGCUAAGAAGGUCCGUGAGGAUAUGGCACAAAAGAAGAUCAUCUAUGGUGAUUCGGUCAGCUACCGCCACAUGUGUCGCUUCGAAUCUGGUUUCUUCUUCCAACAAGAAUUGAUGUUGAACUACGAAUGGUACUGGAGAGUCGAGCCAUCCAUUGAGCUUUUCUGUGAUAUUAAUUACGACGCAUUCAAAUUUAUGGCCGACAACAAGAAAAAGUACAGUUUCGUAUUGAGUCUUUACGAAUAUGUUGAAACUAUCCCAACUUUGUGGGACAGUGUCAAAAAGUUCAUCAAGGCCCACCCAGAGCACAUCGCCGAAGGCAACUCAAUGGGUUUCCUUAGUGAUGAUGGUGGUGAAACCUAUAACCACUGCCACAUGGUAGGUUUUCGUCAUACACAAUGAAUCGCGCGGAUUUUAUACUAACACAAUGUUACAGUGGUCUAACUUCGAGAUUGGCAACCUCAAUUGGCUCCGAUCAAAGGCAUACACGGACUACUUUGAGCAACUCGACCAAGAUGGAGGUUUCUUCUACGAACGUUGGGGUGAUGCACCGGUUCACUCCAUUGCUGCAGGCCUUCUCUUGAAGAAAGAAGAAAUCCAUUUCUUCAACGAUAUUGCUUAUUAUCAUGUCCCCUUUACCCAUUGCCCUACUGGGGAGCAAACGAGACUUGAUUUGAAGUGUCACUGCAAUCCAAAGGAUAACUUUGAUUGGAAAGGAUACUCAUGUAAGCUUUACUCCUCCCUAAAAAUUGACAUUGUACUAAUAAGAACAGGUACGUCACGAUUCUUUGAUAUCAAUAAGAUGGAAAAGCCAGAGGGCUAUGAAAGUCAACAAGACUAAAGACGUAGUCUAAAUAUGUUUUCGUAUUCAUAUGGGAAUGCAUUUUCUAGGGAGCAGCAUUGAUGAAUCGGGGAGUGAGGAUUUGAGGACAAAGUGAGGAUUUGAGGACAUUCACUAUCUGGCAUGAUAGGGAUAGGCGGACAUGGGCGUUUGCAUGGGGUAAAAAUCCAAUUGACAAGCUGUAUAUGUUAAAAUGGUCCGGCUUGGGAUCUGGCUUGGGAAGUAAUGCCUCUUGUUUUUUCAUCGGGAGGUAGAAAAUUUUUGAGAUAGAUUUAUACAAUAAAGCAAUAUCUGCCUAUUGGGGAA